ACCUCCUUUAGCGUUUGUUUACCCAUCUCGACCGUUUAAAACGUAGUAAAACAUGGGCGAGCGCAAGGGGACCAACAAAUAUUACCCGCCCGACUACGACCCCAAAGUCGGGGGGCUCAACAAGUUCCUGGGGACGCACGCGUUGCGGGAACGCGCCAGGAAGAUCCACCAGGGCAUCAUCAUAAUCCGGUUCGAGAUGCCCUACAAUAUAUGGUGCGACGGGUGCAAGAAUCACGUGGGGAUGGGGGUGCGUUACAACGCGGAGAAGACCAAAGUGGGCAUGUAUUACACGACGCCCGUGUACCAAUUCAAAAUGAAGUGCCACUUGUGCGACAACCAUUACGUGAUCAGGGCCGAUCCCGCGAAUUUGGACUACGUGAUCAUAUCGGGAGCGAGGAGGCAAGAAAACAGAUGGGACCCCACGCAGAACGGGCAAGUGGUGCCCGAGACGAAGGAAACUCAGAAACGGCUCUUCGACGACUCGAUGUUCAAGCUAGAGCACGGCUCGGAAGACAAGAGCACCUCGGAGAGCGCCAAGCCGCGACUCGCGAAGCUUUUCAACCGAAACGAAGAAACAUGGAGCGACUCGUACACGGCCAAUCAAAAACUCAGGGCUGAGUUUCGGAGGAAGAACUGCGAACAGAAGGGUCUCGAGGAGAAAAGCCGAACUCUAUCGAAGAAAUCGAGUCUGGACAUACCGUUGCUCGAGGAGAACGAAGAGGACAACAGGAUCGCGCGUUUACUGUCCAUGAAACCGGCGAAAACGUCGGAAGAAAAUUCCGUGGAGAUCAGGGCUAGGAUAGUUUCCGAGUGUUUGUUGCCUUCCGCGAAUUUUUCGCGAAAAAGGGAGACGGUCGCCGUGAAAAUCCUCGAAAGCGACAAACCAAACUUGGGGGUGGUUUUGAAGAGGCGGCCGACCGCGGAAGAAGAAGCCGACGUUAAAAAAGCGAAAACGAACGUUUCUUUGGUGGGAGAUUAUAGUUCUAGCGGCGAUUCUGACUGUUAAAUAAGCGUUAAUUAAAUAAAUAAUAUAUUUUGUCGUUU